AUGGCUUCAAUGCUUAUGUGUUUCUUGAUAUUCUUUGGAGCCACUUUGGCUGCAGGGUUCUCAGACACCCAGCCAAAACCAGUCCCUGGUCUUUCCUACACUUUCUACAAAUCCACUUGCCCAGAACUUGAGUGGAUUAUAAGAACAUACCUUAAAAAAGAGUUCAAGAAGGACAUAGGCCUUGCUGCUGGUCUUCUUCGUCUUCACUUCCAUGAUUGUUUUGUUCAGGGAUGUGACGCAUCGGUGCUGUUGGACGGGUCAGCGAGCGGGCCAAGCGAGCAGGAUGCGCCGCCCAACCUGACGCUGCGCCCAGCCGCGUUUAAGGCUAUUAAUGAUCUGCGCGCGCUGAUCGAUAAGAUGUGCGGGGUUGUCGUGUCUUGCGCCGAUGUUGUUGCUGUCGCUGCGCGGGACUCUGUUGCUCUGACCGGUGGGCCACACUACAAAGUCCCACUGGGCCGGCGAGACGGUUUGACUUUCGCAACAGUCAACGUCACCCUUGCCGACCUCCCUCCUCCGACCUCCAACGUCAGCUUCCUCAUCAACACUCUCAACAAGAUCAACCUCACCGUCGCCGACCUCGUCACCCUCUCCGGCGGCCACACCAUUGGCCUCGCUCACUGCACCUCCUUCACCAACCGUCUCUACCCAACUCAAGACACUAACAUGGACAAGACCUUCGCCAAAAACCUCAAACUCACUUGCCCCGCCGCCAACACCACCAACAGCACGGUCAACGACAUCCGUACACCAAACACAUUUGAUAACAAGUACUACGUCAACCUUGUGAACAAAGAAGGCCUCUUCACUUCUGAUCAAGGUCUCUUCUCUGAUUUCAGGACUAAGGCUCUUGUUGCUCUCUUUGCUAGUAAUAAGAUACUGUUCUUUGAGCACUUUGCUUUGUCAAUGGUGAAGAUGGGCCAGAUCAGUGUGCUCACUGGAUCUCAAGGUGAGAUUAGGACUAACUGCUCUGCACGUAACUCUGGCUCUGGUUUAUGGUCUGUGGUUGAGGAUCUCCUCGAACAACUUUUAGAAUUCCCUUGUAGGCCACAAUCUUGCACCCACUGGAUUCCAAUACACCAAGUGAAAUCAAGUUCUUCCUCAAAUCUGGAACAUGCCUUACAUUUGUCAAGGUUCGGAUAA